UGUGUGUGUGUGCGUGUGUGUGUGUGUGUAUAGCCUCCCCCUGCACGGUACGGAGGCCGACACACAGUGACUCUGAUUCCUGGAGAUGGCAUUGGACCAGAGCUGGCCAACCAUGUGCGUGAACUGUUCCGGUUCUGCUGCGUGCCAGUGGACUUCGAAGUUGUGAAUGUGGACUCGACUAUGGCCUCAGAGGAAGACAUCAGUAAUGCCAUAAUGGCCAUAAGACGCAAUGGAGUGGCACUGAAAGGUAACAUUGAGACCAACCACAACUUGCCACCUUCUUAUAAAUCCCGGAACAACCUGCUCCGCACCACUCUGGAUCUGUAUGCCAAUGUGAUGCACUGCCAGUCUCUGCCAGGGGUGAGGACACGCCACAAAAACAUCGACAUCAUGAUCAUCAGGGAGAACACAGAGGGAGAGUACAGCAGCCUGGAGCAUGAGAAUGUACCGGGGGUUGUUGAAUGUCUGAAGAUCAUCACCAGGACCAAAUCUCUGCGCAUCGCUGACUACGCGUUUAGAACGGCUCGGGAGAAAGGACGCAGACGAGUCACUGCUGUACACAAAGCUAACAUCAUGAAGUUGGGUGACGGCCUCUUCCUGCAGUGCUGUAAGGAGGUUGCCAGCGGUUACCCUGACAUCACCUUCGACAGCAUGAUUGUAGACAACACUACCAUGCAGCUGGUUUCCAGGCCCCAGCAGUUCGAUGUAAUGGUCAUGCCCAACCUGUAUGGCAACGUUGUGAGCAAUGUGUGUGCUGGGCUGGUCGGAGGACCGGGCCUGGUGCCAGGAGCAAACUACGGAGAGGACUACGCCGUGUUUGAGACGGGAACAAGGAACACGGGAAAGAGCAUCGCUAACCGCAACACAGCAAACCCCACAGCCAUGCUGCUGGCCUCCUGCCUGCUGCUGGAUCACCUGAAGCUCCACGCCUACGCCGGCAUGAUCCGCAGGGCCAUCCUCACCACCGUCACUGAGACUCGGCUGCACACUGCUGACCUGGGAGGCCAAGGCUCCACCUCUGAAGUGGUCCAGUCCAUCAUGAAUGCUGUUCAGAGCACUGGGCCCCGCACACUGAGCAUCUAGAACACACAGACAUGAAUAUGCAAAGCCCCUCAGACAGCAGAGACGAGUACCUCUAAUACUGUACCUCUGUUUACUAACUCUUCUAUGCAAUUUGAGUUGUGUAAUAGUAAUACUGAAAUGAAACCUUAUACACAAACUGUUAGUGUGUCUAUGCAACUGUUUUGUAUUUACUCAUAGGAUUUAAUAGCUCUAAACAUUUUGUUUAAAGCUGAAAUGCACAUAAUUUUACUUAAUAUAGAUUCUUUUCUUUGAAAGUUGUUUGAGCACUUCAUGGCAUUGAGUUACACCUGGUCUUUUCCCUGCAGAUUAGUUUAUUUAUCAUUAACUGAAAAGAGUUAUCCAUGCAUUUGAAAUGUAAGUUAUUUUAGACCAAACACAGCCGUCCUCCUGCUGGAUGUACUGCUCAGAAUUUUUGGCUGUUGGUC